AUGAUCAAGGAGCAGCUGCAUGCAUCAGGGCCCUGUGACAGAAAUCUCAGGGAUGCAGAACUAAUAACAUGUCGUUUAAAACGUGUUGAACAACUAUGCCAGUUGCCAACCUCUGUACUUCAGCAACUUGCCAUGUGUGGUUAUUAUGAAGAUUUGGAGAAAGGAGUCACAUCUAGAAAGGCAAUUCGGUCAACAUGGGGUAAUAAAAAUAAUUUGAGCUAUAAAAAAUAUCUUGAAGAGAAAUAUGGAAAUGAUACUGGCAGCAAUAUUCGUAACACUAAUAGUGAAAUCGGAAAUAUCAACAUGAGAAUAUUAUUUCUUCUGGGAUUACCUGAUGGUGAUAAUAAAACACAAAAGAAAAUUUUAGCAGAAAAUAAGAGACAUGGUGAUAUUAUCCAAGAAGACUUCAUUGAUUCCUACGGAAAUCUUACUAUCAAAGUUGGCAUGAUGUUAAAAUGGAUUUGGACAAACCACAAUGACAACAUUGAAUACAUUCUCAAAGCAGAUGAUGAUGUGUAUUUGAACAUACAUGAAUUAGUAAAUGAAUUAAUAUACAUCUACAGACAACCAAUUAUGCUCAUGGGAUUAUUAGUCACAAACCAGGAACCAUAUAGCAGCCGUAGAAGUAAAUAUUAUUCACCAAAACAUAUGUACGACUACAAAGUUUUUCCAGAUUACCUUAGAGGAUGUUCCUAUUUGAUGACCCUGGAAGCAGCUCUUACAUUAUUUGAAACUGCCUUGAAUACACCAAUUCACUAUUUGGAAGAUGUGUUUUAUACUGGAAUUUGUACUGUUGGUGCAGAAAUUCAUCUGGUACACAAUGAAGGUUUUGCAAAGAGAAGUGAUCCUGAUAUAAAUUGUAAAUAUUUAUGUGACAUAACGAUUUGUAGCAUGAAACCUAAACAAAUAAUAAAGGCUCACAAGAAAAGUAAAAGAUGUAGACUACUGUACAAAUGUUAA